ACGGAUCAUUACUAUAAAUAGUAGAACCUAGUCGAACGAGUUGUUCAGCGUUAAAUUAAGAUCAUAGACAACCGUGCAUAUAUAGUCGUUCUCGAUUGUUUAGGUCGACAAGUCGGACCAUUAUCCUAUUGGUACAAUGGCUGAAGGAAAAAUAUGUGAGCUUUUAGGAAAGAGUCUCCUGAAGCAAAAUGGAGAUAACUUUAUCCAGGUGGACACCGACCAAUCGGAAGGACUUGGUGAAAAGGAGUAUGUUGGAAUAUAUUUUUCUGCACAUUGGUGUCCUCCAUGCAGAUCCUUUACACCACAACUGAUACAGUUUUACAAAGAAAUGAAGAAAGCUGGAGCAAACAAAUUCGAAGUUGUCUUCUUUAGUUCUGACGGAGACGAAUCGUCAUUCAAGGGAUAUGCGAAGGAGAUGCCAUGGCUAUACCUGCCGUAUACAGACCGGGAUAGAAAGAAUCAGCUUUCCAAAACGUUCAAGGUUGGAGGAAUUCCUACAUUGGUUUUACUAGAGGUCAAAACAGGGAAGCUUAUCACACGUAACGGUCGUCAGAAGGUCGGCACUGAUCCUGACGGGAUAAUGUUUCCGUGGAGUCCGAAGACAUACCGAGAAAUUCUCAACGGCGAUGGAGUCUCUGAAAAAUAUCAGGAAACGUUUGUAAAGGGCGAUUAUCUGGAGAAACUGGAGGGGAAAGUCUUCGGAUUGUAUUUCUCAGCUCAGUGGUCUCCACCAUGUCGUGCAUUCACAUCCCAGCUCGUGACAAAGUAUACAGAACUCAAGAAUGAUGGGAAGCCGUUCGAAAUCGUAUUCGCUACCGCAGACUGCAGCGAAGAUGAAUACAAUGACUAUCGAAAGAAGAUGCCGUGGCUCGCCUUCCCAUAUGGAGACCCGCGCAUUCAAAGUUUUCGUGAGGAAUUCAACAUAGAAGGUUUUCCUGCUUUGGUUUUAAUAAACGUAGAUUGGACUUUGAUCACAACAGCUGGCCAGCACGCAAUCAUGGAAUCUCCGAUUGAGGAAUUCCCUUACAAAAUUGGGCCAGUAAAUCCGGUGUCUGAAAGGUUCUUCGACACUUUAGGGAAUUCCAGGUGCCUUAUAUACUUCACAGAUCCUGAAGAUGUGCAGAAGUCCAAGGAGAUCAUGUCAGGACCAGCCAAUGAGUACUACAAAGAUGGCGAAGAACAGAAACUGUACUUCUUUGUGGGGGGAAAUGUCGAUAAGGGCCGAUUGAGCGGGAUUUUCUACAAUUUCCUAGUGGGAGCUGAGAAACGCCGCUGUCUGUUGAUUGCAGACAUAAGUAAAGGAACUAAGUACGUGGCUGCUGACGACUGGACAAUGUCCGAGGGCAACAUCCGCGAAUUUAUCACAAAGUGGAGGAGGAGAAAAUCAAACCCACAACUAUCGAACAAUAAUGAUAACAUUAGUUCUGGAUGAAGAUGGACAAGUUCACCAUUUAUGGUUGAACAAACUAUCUAGUUGUCCCCAGUACCUAUCCAGUAAGACAUUAUUUUAUGAUAAUCCACCCAGUGUAAGGUUAACGUAUAUUUUAAUCCACCAUAUUCUGUUUUAUAUCUCUACCUGGACUUUCAUUUCCAUACACAUGUCAUUUGACAUUAUAUCGUGAUAUGGCGUAAACUUUCGUUUGACCAGAGAUCGCCUCCUACAUUUUUGACCGAUCUCUUUGAAACUAUGUAUGGAUAAUUAACAGCAUUUUGAUUUCACUAUUUUUUGUGAAAGUAAUUGCCUUUUCGUUAUUUCUUCUACAUUUUCAACUAAUUUCCUUGAAACUUGCUAGGAAUAUUUUCGCGAAAAUUAUUGGCCUUUAUUUAUUGCAGUAUUUGAUAUAUAUCACGGAGAUCUUCUACAACAUUUUAUCGAUUUCUUUGAGAUUUUGCAGGAUUUAUAAUUUAUAAUCAUGAUAUAAUGUUGUGUUUCUCUGCGAAACUUUUUAAACCGACUAUUUCGUUUCCAAAAGUAAUUUGCCCAUUUUUUUCUUAUUUUUUUUUAGUGUAUUUUUCACUGACUAUUUUUCCAGAAGUAAUACCCUCCCGCGUUUUUUGAGUACUUUUAUCUUCCCCGGAGAUCCAGUACGGUUCUUUUUUCUUUUAAACGUGGAAUCCGUAGGCUUUAUAGGCAUGCGAAUGUUUCCAGCUCGAAAGAAUUUUGAUUCGACAGUUUCCGCGAAGGUUAUUGCCUUUUACUUAUUUGUGUAUUUGAUUUAUUGGCCUGGGAUAUCCUUCUACAAUUUUUGAUCGAUUUCUUUCAAACUUUGCAGGAUUUGUAAUUUAUAAUCAUGAUAUAAUGUGGUGUUUCCCUUAGAAUCAUUUUAAAUCGACUAUUUUUUCAGAAGUAAUCCCCUAUUUUUUGUGUUAUUUUUAACCGGCUAUUUUUCAAUGAGUAAUUCCCCCUUGCCCUUAGCCUUUUUCAGUUUUUGAUUAACCGGCCUGGGAUCUCUCCACCUACUUUUCUGUCGAUUUCUGUAAAACCAUGAAUUUCAGUGAAAAUUUACGGUAGGCUUUAUCAUCAUAAUAUAAGUGUUUCCAUGAGUGUUAUUUUGAUUCAGCUAUUGCUUUCUGUUUAUUUCUAGUACUUCUUGUCUUCUAUAGUUUUCUCCCAAUUUAUUUUGAACUUGGUAGGCAUUAUCAGGGACGUCUUAGUAAACACGCAAUAAAGUUAUGGUUCCCAGAGCGGCACUUUGAUUCCAUUGGUUCUAAUCUUGUCCUAUGAACAGAAUCGAUUUCUUUUAAAGUUGCCAGGUGAAGUUUUCAUAAUAAUGAUAGCAAAUGGCGAGGGUUAAAGCAUGUCACCUAAUCACAGAUACGGUGAUGUAAAUCUUAUUUCAAUGCAAUAUUAUGUGGCAUUCGACUGGUGUAGUAGCAUAUUUCCCUUCUUCAUAUUCACUUGUUUUACUAAUUUUUAUUUUUUACUAAUGCUGUGAUAAUUGCAAUUAAAUCUAACGCAAUAUGUACAAUGCA